UGUGUCAUUUCCAGGAUCGCUUAGAGGGGCUCUGCAAGUUUUGCACUUCUAGAAUAAAAAUGAAAUUUCUGUCUCUGUGCUUAGUUGCUUAUUUCGCCUGGACUUCAGAUGGACUUGUUCGGAUUCCCCUGAGGAAGUUCCGGACCAUCCGGCGUACUUUGUCCGAUUCAGGGAAGAGUGCAAUUGAGCUUCUGACUGGAAAUGAGGCCAUGAAAUACAACUUGGGCUUCCCCUCCAGCAUCAAGCCCACUCCUGAAACCCUGAAAAACUACCUUGACGCUCAGUACUAUGGUGAGAUUGGCCUUGGCACUCCUGCACAAACCUUCACCGUGGUUUUUGACACAGGCUCAGCAAAUUUAUGGGUUCCGUCUGUGCACUGCUCGCUGUUCGACAUUGCCUGUUACUUCCACCACAAAUAUGAUUCUGCCAAGUCAAGCACAUAUGUGAAGAAUGGAACUGAUUUUGCUAUCCAUUACGGUUCUGGUAGCCUGUCUGGCUAUCUUAGCCAAGACACAUGCCAGAUUGGAGGCAUAACAGUAGAGCAGCAGGUGUUCGGAGAAGCCAUCAAGCAGCCCGGCAUGGUCUUCAUCGCAGCAAAAUUUGAUGGCAUCUUGGGCAUGGCCUACCCCAGCAUCUCUGUGGAUAUGGUUCCCCCCGUUUUUGACAAUAUUAUGCAUCAAAAAAAGGUGGAGAAGAACGUCUUCUCCUUCUACCUCAACAGGAACCCUGGCACCGAGCCUGGUGGGGAACUGCUGCUGGGAGGGAGCGAUCCCAAGUACUACAGUGGAGACUUUCACUACGUUAACAUCAGUCGGCAGGGCUACUGGCAGGUCCACAUGGAUGGAUUGAGUAUUGGGGAUCAGCUUAGACUGUGCAAGUCUGGCUGUGAGGCCAUUGUGGAUACAGGUACCUCCCUAAUCACCGUACCUUCUGCUGAAAUCCAGGCUCUGCAGAAAGCCAUCGGCGCCACCCCCCUGAUACAAGGAGAGUACCGAGUUGACUGUAACAAAGUGUCCACUCUCCCAAAUGUCUCCUUCAUCCUGGGUGGAAGAUCAUACACUCUAACAGGCGAGCAGUACAUCUUAAAGGAGAGCCAAGCUGGUGUGACCAUCUGUUUAAGUGGGUUUAUGGGGCUGGACAUCCCAGCACCAUCUGUGCCCCUUUGGAUUCUGGUAGAUGUGUUCAUUGGCCAGUAUUACACUGAGUUUGACCGUGAGAAAAACCGGGUGGGCUUUGCUAAGUCUGUGUGAGUGAAUUACAGAGGCUGGAAGAUGGUUUAAAGGGGUACCUCCCAUCCAGUAUAGUUAUCACUGGGCUAUCACAAUGUCAUCACAAUACUAAAGACUGAAACAAAGCCGUGAGGUCAGACCCUCUGUAUACAGCACACAGUCUCACCCUCACAUCCUGUAUGACCACAUUUCUGCUGUUCACAUGGCAUUUCUCCAGCUUCCAUUGCCCUGCAAUGGACUGACGUGCUGUUGAAGGUCUACCUCACUUUACACUUUGCCCAUGUCUUGUGUGUAUACCCUGUCCGAUCCUAACGUGUAUUUAGUGUGUGUAAAUCUCUCACUGCAUCUGCAUUUCGCAGUUCAGCUUCUGACAACAUUGUGUUUCCCAUCUGUGUAUUUGGGUUCGGUGCUUGUUGGGUGCCUGUCGUGGUCCUUCUAUUUACAAUUGUACGCGGGGCAUGCUGGGAUAUGCGCCCCGCCGGUGUUACACUAGAAUAAAAAAAGGAAUCUGGUCGAGUUUGUUCAUUGACCAAUUUUUGUUUUUGCGAACCAAAUUGUUUGUAGGCCAAAGCAUUUGUGAACUGCAAGCACUACUGUACUAAUGAUAAAUUGGUAUGAAAAAAUGGAGACAAUUUCUGAGACACCAGAGCGAUCCGUGUACUGUAAUAUUUAUCUUAUCAAUAACACAGUAAAAAUACACAUUAGCGCCAAUUCAUCUUCUUUAUUCAUCAUGAAUAUUUUAAUUCAUUAAUGCAGGAGUCUGUGAUAAAUCGCUAUCAGCAUUUGGUUUAUAAUGGCCAAUUAAUGAUAACUAAAAAGAAACAGAGAGACUGAAGACAGAAUUUUCAACCAUGAUAUGAGUGCUGUUGCUGCAUAAUUUGUCCACCAGGGGUCACAGCG